GCAGUUUCAUUAGUAUUAAUUGCAUUAGCAUCUAUUUCAAAUCAUGAUCAGCUAUUUGAUACAUGGUAUUAUUUUACAAUUCAUUUUUUAUUAUCACUAUUGGGCAUAUUUAUAAUAUUUAGAAAAGCGGAUUCAAAAAUGUUAUUAAUAUAUAUUUUAUUAUCUAGUGGACUUUUAAUUACUGCAUCAUUUGCUUUUUUUUGGUAUUCAGGACAACAAAACAUAAUAGAUAAUACAUGUGAUUCAAAUACAAAUUGUGAAAGCGAAAAAAAUUAUUUUUAUAGAAAAAUGAUGAAAAUAUUGGCCCUCAUUAUUGUCGAAGUUAUUUCUUUACACCCAAAUAUAAGUUGGUUAAUUAAACUUCAAAAAAUCGAAAGAAAAAAAGAUAAUAUAAUAAAUUUACAAAACAAUAAUAGCAAUAACAAUAGUGAAACAAUAAUUACAACCUCUGAAACCCUUCAAGAAAACAACCUAAAUGAUAAUAACAAUAACAAUAAUAUUGAUAGUAAUUCCGAAUUUAAAAAAGUAGAUUUAAAUAAAUAA